UAGAAGACACGGAGGAUUAUUUCCACAGAGGAAAGAGCGCGUGGCACAGAGCCGAUCCCACUGGUCGACAGAGGAGCGGAGGUCAGCAAGUGUCCCGGGCUGCAGGUGCUUCGUGCCAAACGCUUCCAGAGUGUGUCCGAGUGUCAAGAAUUCUUCUCUUCGGUCCGCAAAGCAGAGGAAUGACCCCGUCCAGCUGUCUGCCAGCUGCUGCUGCUGCUGCUGCGAACAGGACCAGAUGAGGAUGAGGAGGAGGGGGCUCCCUCAGCUCCACGCGCUCCGUCAAAGUUCAGCGCUUUUCUAAGAUGCCACCGGCCUCUGGAGCUCGGCACGCGGUUCGGCUCGAAACUAACCCGGGAUAAUAAAACACGCACAAAGAGACAAGAAAACACAUCAGAAAGCAGAAGUUUAGUAAUUAUCCGGCGGGAGGAGCCCGGGAGGGAGAGCCCGGGAUCAGAGAGCGGUGCGCCGGGGAGCAGAGGCGCACCGAGGCGCUCCAAGAGCCGCACAGGGAAGAGAGGUCCGCGGUGAUGCUGCUCGCGCGGCUCACGCUCCUGUCCGCCCUCCUCCUCCUCCUCCUCCUGCUGCUCACCGAGGCGGCCCUUCGCCGAGGCUCCGCCACGCAGACGGACAGCCGCAGCAUGGUGGAGCUGAUCGGCCGGUACCCGAGGACGAGGACGGAGACGCCCGGGGGAGUACAGCAUGGGUCGCAGCACGGACUGGAGGCUCAUCCCAAAGACCCACACAGCAAGCAAAAUUUCAUCAUACACCUGACAGGUCCUCUAUACUUCAGCCCAAAGUGCCGAAAACAGUUCCACCGACUGUACCACAAAACCAGGGACUGCACAGAGCCAGCCUACUAUAAAAGAUGUGCUCGUCUCCUGAUUCAACUGGCCAAGAGCCCUCGCUGUUCAGAGAGAUAAACAGACAAAUGGCCCUGGACAUGAAGUCUUGGCAUACCAGGGUGCAGCAAGAAGGUUCAUCCCCUCUGUUGACCAGCAGCAGAAAAAGUUAUAAACAAACCUCUGAAAAUCUGCUGGAGCCAGUGAGCUCAGCCGACUUGAUCCACAAUCGGAAAUCAAAAUGCAUUGUUUUCUAUUAUAUUCUACUCAGCUGUUUAUCUCCAACAACCAUUCACCUUGUAUACACACUACAAACAGGUGUAAAUUUUCUAUGACAAGAUUUUUGGACUUUUUCAAGCAAAAACUUGAGUUUUGUUCAACUUUGUGUAGACUCAUCUCGGCAUUAGUCGAAUCAUUUUUGCCUUUUUUACCUCUACUCUGUUCUUUGGUCUAUUCCUGCUGUACUGGACAACCUCCUACACUCUACUCUACUGGUUUAUAACAGAGCUAUUUGGACAUGGAACUGAGAGACAAAACUUACCUGGGACAAAAUGUCUUCUUCAGUGUUUGGGGACUUUUUUUGGACAAAGGGCCAAGGUUUGACCUUCUAUUUGAAGACGCAGGGGGAAACAAAAUGGACUAAACCUCUGAGUGGAUGCUGAAUGUGUUUUAUGUGACAUCAUACAUAAUAAUUACUUAUAAUUAAAGUAAUAAUAUCCCAUAUAUUUAUAUUGUUAAAGCUGCAGCCCAGUGUGCAAUAUGUAAAUACAGAAAAAGGAUUAAAGAUAA